AUGGGUUCUCUAUCGGUAGCGAUCGCCCUAACGCUACUGGUGACUCUUCCAAAGUAUGGACUUGGCCAGCUUCCCAGGAAUUACUGUUCUCGGUAUUUCGCGUACCAAGGCUACAAUGGACAAUAUAUUGGCCUGGUUAACGUUGCCUUCAAUCCCCAAUUUAAUAACCACACACUUUUCCUUGAGUUUUCCCAGCCAGGAUAUCAUGAAUUCGAGUAUGUAGGAAAUCUGGGUACAUUGGAUAGUGACAAUACAAUUCAGGAAAAUCUGAGAAGUGGCUGGUCAAUACGGUAUCGCGUGGAUUUUCCAAUUCCCAAUGUGCCGCCAAAGAUCACCCGCAUUCAGGUGGACGACGAAAGGCCACUUUGCAGUGACCAACAAUAUUCACCUCCAAGUACCGCCAUUACACUACAGCACACGCUUACCACAUCUGUGGUUCGUGUCCCAGGGUCGGUUGUACGACCUCAGCAGGGGCGAAACCCGUCAUGGGGAAAUCCCAAUUCGAUUCCCUCAGGACCCGUUUCUUCGCCACAGGGAAAUGUCGAAUAUAUGGAACUGGAGGCAGUCGGGAAGUCAAGAACGGCCUCAGGAUUUGCAACAUCUUGGGAACCGGUCUCCUCUUCAAACAUCACAUCAUUUAAAUUGGAAGACAGUGGACCCGUUUCCACGGAUGCGCUAUCCCUGGAGGCCACAGGUGUGGCCAGCGUGGCCUCGGGCUUUGCUACAUCAUGGGAACCGGUUUCAUCUUCAAAAAACAGUGAUUCAAACCGCCAAACACUCCCUGGGGAAAAUCUUUCGAGAGGAAAUUCCAACUCAAGUCCAACGGGACCCAUUUCGGCGAUAACAUCAUCUGCCUCAUCAAGCGAAACAAUUGCUUGUGGACGGGAGCGAACUACUGCUACUACGCCACUGAUCUUCCAGGGCCAGUCCCUAGAGCGAGGGCAGCUGCCCUGGCUGGUCGGCAUUUUUGAACGGCGCGAAAGGAACGGACCGAGCUUCAUCUGCGGUGGUACUCUGAUUUCUACCUCCACAGUCCUCACGGCGGCCCACUGCUUCCGGUUUCCCGGAAGAGACCUGCCCGCCAGUCGGACGGCCAUUUCCCUGGGACGCAACAGUCUGGAUAUCCUUUCGCCCGGCGAGUUCCGAGGCGUCUCCCAACUACUCAUCCAUGAAAACUACCGGUUCGAGCAAAUGACAGAGGCAGACUUGGCACUUCUUCGGAUGGAUCAGCCUGUGAGGUUUACCGACUUUAUUGUGCCCAUCUGUUUGUGGGACACCAGUCAACGACUUGUUCUGCCCCAGGGAUAUCGGACAUACGUGGCAGGGUGGGGACCCGACGAAGCGGGCACCGGUAACACGGACGUGUCCAAAGUCACCGAUCUAAGCAUCGUGUCCGAAUCCAACUGCACCCUGCAAUUGCCCCAUGUGCUGGUUCAGCCGAGCAGCCUCUGCGCCAAGAAAGUGGGAGCCGGUCCGUGUGCCACUGACGGAGGCGGACCUCUAAUGUUGCGCGAGGGCAACGUCUGGAUUCUGCGGGGAGUUAUUUCCGGGGGCAGGAUUAACGUCAAGGAGAGGACCUGUGACCUGACCAAGCCGACCGUCUUCACCGAUGUGGCCAAACACAUUGACUGGCUGCGCCGAAAUAUAUGGAAUUGAUGAUUGCAAUUAAAAACCAAAAACAGUUCCGUUUGCGUUAAGGGAUUUUCAAAAAAUAUAAAUGUAUGUAUGUAUCCGUUACACUGCAGUUUGCUCACUGAAACAGCCGAGUGGAAUCUGAGCUGUCUACUACGCUACGGGUAAUUCUAGCUGAUAUCAUUAAUCAAUGCAACAAUAAAUAACAACAAUCAUCAAACUGA